UGAGCCCCAGUCGGUCUGGGCGGUUCCAUUCCGCCUUUAGCAGCAGACAGAAGGCUCAAGAGCUCACAAAAGUAACAAAACACAAACAUGGCGCCCGCUUGCACAGACAGCUAGCUGUUGAUAAGAGUAUCGCAAACAAGUGGAAAAGAAAGUUUCCACGUAUCCCCGAAGUGCACACGUUCGAAGUGGAUGUCUUCUAAUCUGCGAAGGCGGAAUACCAUACGGAGCUGAAAGCAGCAAGUUGCCUACAUGUCAACGUUGUUUCUUUUAGUAGUGUAAAAACAGCUGGACGUCACCUCUCCAGCUGCGCCGGGCACGCCCCCCAGCCAUGAUCGAGGACAAGGGUCACCGCGUGACCGACUACUUCGUGGUGGCCGGGCUGACGGAGAAGUCCACGCCCCUGGAGCAGGACCUGUCGGACACCAAGUCCAGCGGGCCCAAGGCGCCCAUCACCGACCUGGCCGUCAUCAACAAGUCGGUGGGCGAGACGGUGCCCGAGGGCUUCACGUGCAUCGAGAGCACCUACAGCGGGCAGCAGGCCAACCUGAACCACGGCAGCCUGAAGAGCCCCGAGCUCUUCCUGUGCUACAAGAGGGGCCGCGAGAGACCCCCGCUCAUCGACGUUGGGGUGCUCUACGAGGGCAAGGAGAGGCUGAUCCAGGGCUGUGAGGUCAUCCAGGCCACGCCUUACGGACGCUGCGCCAACGUCAACAACAGCUCGGCCACCUCCCAGCGCAUCUUCGUCACGCUCCGCCGCGCCCCGCCCGUCCAGCCGCAGAACUCGCUGGCCGUCACGGACAUCUGCGUCAUCGUCACCAGCAAGGGAGAGACCCCGCCACACACCUUCUGCAAGGUGGACAAGAACCUCAACUGCGGCAUGUGGGGCUCCAACGUUUUCCUCUGCUACAAGAAGUCGGUCUCUGCCUCGAACUCCAUCGCGUACAAAGCAGGCCUCAUUUUCAGGUAUCCUGAAGAUGACUACGAGUCCUUCCCUCUCUCCGAGUCGGUGCCUUUGUUCUGUCUGCCCAUGGGAGCCAGGAUCGAGUGCUGGGCGCCCAACACACGCUACCCCCUGCCAGUGUUCUCCACCUUUGUCUUAACCAUCUCCAGUGGAGAAAAGGUGUACGGUGCCGCCAUCCAGUUCUAUGAGCCCUACCCGCUGGAGCUCCUGAGCGAGAAGCAGAAGGUGCAGCUGGGCCUCCUCACCACGGUGGAGAAGAAGCUGAUCCCCAACAAACCCGUCAACACCAACAAGUGCAUCUGCCUGCUGUCGCGCUGGCCCUUCUUCGAGUCCUUCCGCAAGUUCCUCAUGUUCCUCUACAAGCUGUCCGUCUCCGGCCCCCACCCACUGCCCAUAGAGAAGCACAUCUCCCACUUCAUGCACAGUGUGUCGUUCCCCUCGCCCCAGAGACCCAGAAUCCUCGUCCAGCUCUCCGCACAUGAUACCCUGAUCCUGUCCCAGCCUGUUUGCACACCUUUACCCCUGAGCGGGGCGGACUUCAGCACCUUGCUGUCGAACCUGGGCUCGGAGAACUGCGCCACGCUGCUGCUCUUCGUCCUGCUGGAGAGCAAGAUCCUGCUGCACUCGCUGCGUCCCGCGGUGCUGACGGGCGUCGCCGAGGCCGUGGUGGCGAUGAUCUUCCCCUUUCAGUGGCAGUGCCCCUACAUUCCUCUCUGCCCCCUCUCCCUGGCGGGGGUCCUCAACGCUCCCUGUCCGUUCAUCGUGGGCGUAGACUCCAGAUACUUCGACCUUUACGACCCCCCUGCCGAUGUGGUCUGCGUGGACCUGGACACCAACACUAUCUACCUGUCCGACGACAAGAAACAUUGUAACUGGAAGAACCUUCCGAAGAAGCCAAGCAAGAACCUGAUGAACUCCCUAAGCAGCCUAUUUCAUCAGCUCGCUGCAGUCCACAAGACUGCCCAGGAGGGCUUGGCGGUGGAGAUGACCCCCAUUGAGGCGGACUUCACGUGGCACAAGAAGAUGACUGGGCUGGAGAUGGAGAUCCAGGAGGCCUUCUUGCGCUUCAUGGCCUCUAUCCUGAAGGGCUACCGCACCUACCUCAAACCCAUCAACGCGCCCUCGGCGAAGGCCACUGCCGCCGACUCCCUCUACGACCAGCAAGGGUUCCUGAAGAGUCGAGAUCGCGCUCACCAGAAGUUUUACUCCCAGUUGACCAAGACGCAGAUCUUCAUUCGCUUCAUCGAGGAGCGCACCUUCGUCAGUGACAAGGACACUGGCCUGGCCUUCUUCGACGACUGCAUAGAGAAACUUUUCCCUUCAGAUAAAGGCACAGAUAAGGGAGCUAAGGUGGAGAACGAGUCCUCGGAGGACACCAGGCUGAUGGAGCUGGAUGAGUCCCAGAAGAGCGACCUCACCGUGUUCGUCAUGCCCCCCGAGCCCCCUCUGGAGGACGGAGAGAACCCUCCCGCGCGAUACAGCUAUAAGAACUUCCCCCGGCUGCGGCCGGAGCUGUUCGACCGGCCCCGGGAGCUGCGGCCGGCCCUCAGCACCCGAACGGCGGGGUCCAGUCUGUCCAGCAGCCCCGCCGUGCUGGCCAAGAGGACCAAGCAGGAAAUCAAGCUGGCCUACAAGAUGGCGAAGCGCUACUACCCCAACCCCCCCCUGUGGGCCAAGUGCCUGUUCAGCCACUGCUACAGCCUGUGGUUCAUCUGCUUUCCCGCCUGCAUGCGCACGGCCCCCUCCAAAGAGCGCGCCAUGCAGCAGGCCUUCAACGUCCUCCUCAGGAUGCGCAGCUCCGAGGUGGAGGUGCUGGACGAGGUGUGCUACCGUGUGGUGAUGCAGCUGUGUGGGGUGUGGGGCCAGCCUGUCAUGGCUGUGCGGGUCCUGGUCGAGAUGAGAAAGGCUGGACUGCAACCCAACGCCAUCACAUACGGAUACUACAACAAGGCUGUUCUGGAGAGCCCCUGGCCCAGCCAGAACCGAAGUGGCCACUUCAUGUGGACGAAGGUGCGCAACGUGUUGCGGGGAGUGACGCAGUUCAAACAGGCACUGCGAGGGGCAGCUCCCCCAAAAGGACCCCCUCUGAUCACCACAGGGGUGGCGGCGGGUGGAGCAGCGGGCAGCGAUGGGGACCGGAUCAGCCAUGGGAGCGCAGACAGCUCCAACGAGACCAACAGCGAGGAGCACACAAUGUUCGCCCGCAGCCUCAUCGUGGGGGAGGCCUCCGACAACCACUGCGGGACAGGGGCCCAGUCAGAUCAGGGGUACGGCUCCAAGGACGAACUGCACCAGGACACGCCCGACAGCCUCCAGGCCACAGCGCCCUUAAUCGACCUGGACCAGCCCGGCAAGACCAAAGCGCAGAACGGGGACUCGGUGGCUGGCUCUGUGGACAGUGCUGUGGUGGUGGAGGAGGGGAUGCUCCCACAUGUGCCCAGCAUAGUGAAGCUCUCCACUGGGAGCUUCGACAGGACCGCAGGGAGAGGAGGAGCUGCACGCGGCUCUUCGGGGAAGCUGUUCACCCUGCACGGUAAGAGCGAGGGCGUGGCCCUGGAGGAGGACGUGGCCCUGCCCCUGGAGGAGGCCGGGUCUCAGAAGCGGCACCACCAGCAGAGGCAGCAGCGGCAGAAGGCCUUCGCCGAGCGGAGCUGCAGCUUCAGCGCGGAGAGCCGCGCCGGCAUGCUGCUCAAGAAGGGCGGCCUGGAGACCGGCGUCGACCCGGUCGCCAUGGGAGCCGACGCCAAGAUCCUGGCCGCCGCCUUCUCCGGGGCCAAAACCCCGCCCCCCACCGCCGCCGCCGCCGCCUUCUUCAGGGGCCUGGAGUCGGAGGAGGACCUUCGCGGCUCCCGAGACAAGCUGUCGGAGGAGGAAUGUCCGGUGUCCCCCGCACCCCCUCAGCUGGGAGAAGCCGUGGCCCCCCUCAGCACCCCCCAGGGCAAAGCUGACCCCGCGGUCUCCCUGCUGGUGGAGGAACCUGAGGAGGAGGAGGAGGAGGAGGAGGAGGAGGAAGAGGGGGAGGAGGGCUCCAAGAAAGGCGGCUCCCUGCCCAGGGCGGUGGAGCGGGAGGAUGUGGAGAUGGGGGCCGACCCCCUGUCCCUGAUGGUGUCGGAGAGCGCGGACACCCUCUCGGUGCAGAGCGAGGGGUCGCGGUCCGUCCCCCCGGUGGUGUCGCGAAACCUGGCCGACGAGAUCGAGAUGUACAUGAACCUGAAGAGCCCGCUGGGGGCCAAGUCCUCCAGCAUGGAGCUCCAGCAGGGGGCGCCCAAGGAAGAGGAGGAGGAGGAGGAGGUGGCAGCAAUGGUGGUGGACUCGGGGCAGAAAAAGACACUGGAGCGGAGGUCCAGCCUCCCCGUCGGACCCGUAAAGCCUCCGGGAUCGGCCCAGGUCACCCCCAAACGCAGCCCCGCAGUCACGCGCUCCAAGACCUUCGCCGUGAAGUCCAAGAACCUCAGUCAAAGUCCCUACCGGUCCUCCUCACUGAGCGCGUUGGUGCGGUCUUCACCAAGCGGAUCCCUGGGGUCUGUCAUCAACUCGAUCUCUGGCAUGAAGAUGGACGGCCUGCUCUCCGGACCCAAGAUGGACGUGCUCAAGUCCAGCAUGAAGCAGGCUGCCAACGUGGCCAGCAAGGUCUGGGGUGCGGUGGCUUCUGCCUACUCCUACUCCGAUGAUGAGGAGGAGCAUGCGCAGGCUUUCCCUGCCCGGCUGGAGGAGAACCUGCUGGGGAGGACUGAGGCGGACGGCCCCAUGCCCAGGGGUCUGAUCCCAGGCCUGACCUCCAACGGCCUCACCCAGAGCAGCACCAGCCUGGGCAGCAGCAGUGGCAGCAGUGACACGGGGAGAGCACAGCAGACCGCACACAUGACCCCUGGGAAGGCGGGGAGGGGGAUGGAGUCUGACAGAUCAGACCAGAGCUCCUCCCACCAUGCCAGCAGCUCCAGCAUCUACCAAAACUGUGCUCUAGAGGUGCUCAUGUCGAGCUGCUCCCAGUGCCGCUCGUGCGAGGCGCUGGUGUACGACGAGGAGAUCAUGGCGGGCUGGACGGCCGACGACUCCAACCUCAACACCACCUGCCCCUUCUGCAAGAACACCUUCCUGCCGCUGCUCAACGUGGAGUUCCACGACCUGCGGGGCAGCGCUGGGUUCUUCAUGAAACCCAGUAAUUCAGGGGACAGUAUACACAGCACCAACAUGCCAGUGGCCCCGGGGCCAGUGGACCAGAAGAGCGGGGCCUCUCCAGGACCCUCGGACCUCAUGGCUUUUCCAGAGUCCUCACAGGAGGCCCAAGCAGAGGCCCCGGAGAACCAGUGUGGUCCACAGAAGAGCCUUGGCCUGGAGCCUGUAGAGUCAGACCCCCUGGGACUGAUGGACAAGCAGACGGAGAAGAAGGGCACCUCCCUUACCCGCAGCAACAGCGUGGGUGGGCCUCUGCAGAGCCUGGACCUAUUACAGAGGCCCUCCCAUGGGGUCUCCACCAUCAGCCUACCCAACAGCCUCCAGGAGGUGUCGAACACCUUGGGCCAGAAGAGGCCCAAUCCUCUGCCCGUGUCCGUGCCGUACCUCAGCCCCCUGGUGCUGCGGAAGGAGCUGGAGUCCUUGGUGGAAAACGAAGGCGACCAGGUCAUCUACACCCACAAAUUCCUCAACCAGCACCCCAUUCUCUUCUGGAACCUGGUGUGGUACUUCCGGCGGCUGGAUCUACCCAGCAAUCUCCCCGGCCUGAUCUUGAGCUCCGAGCACUGUAACAAUGGAGUGCAGCUUCCACAGACGUCCCUGUCCCAGGACAGCAAGCAGGUGUACGUGCAGCUCCUGUGGGACAACAUCAACCUGCACCAGGAACCUGGGGAGCCCCUCUACUUGCUGUGGCGGUCGCUGAGGGAAAAGAGGGGACUGCUGGCCCCCACUGACCACCAGGAGACCAGGACUCUGCUCAACAGCAUCGUGAGGAACAUCCAGACCAACGAUGUGUACGGGCCCAUCAACCUCCUCCUGCGGGAGGUCAAGAGGCACCCCAACGUGAAACGCCAAAGGAGUAUCUACAGGGAAAUCCUCUUCCUGUCCCUGGUGUCUCUGGGACGAGAUAAUAUUGACAUAGAGGCCUUCGACCGAGAGUACAAAGCUGCCUUUGAUAUGCUGAGCCCAGAGCAGGUGAAGGCGAUGGCUCGCAUGGACAGACCACCCAGCAGCAGUGUGCAGUGGUGCCUGAAGUGCUUUGGUGCGCCUAUCAUAUAACGGAGCCCCCUGCUGGAGAAAUGGGGCAUCGCGCUCAGAGUGGCUCCCACACGCAGAAUGAAAACAUGGGCGGGACCAGGCGAUUGAUUGGAUGUUGGGUGAGGGUGAAUGGGAAUACAUUUGUACAGAGAUAUUUACAUCUGGAUUGUCACCCAAAGAUGGUACUUUUUUAAAAAUCAAACUUGUAUUUGUUCUGCUUCUGUGCCAUUCGCCUUGCCUCCCGCUCGUUUAUAACACAAAUCAAUGUUUUUGAUGCAGAAAACCCACAUCUGUCUUGCAGCAAUGAUAUAUCUUAGACCUCUUGUACAGAGGAUGUCGAGCUUGUAUAUCAAACCCGAACACGGAGUCUGCUUUCAACGAGAUCUUUCUCAAAUGGUUGAAUUCCUCUGGUCAGAUGUCUUGGUUUAGCAUUUUAGGUGUUAGGUUCUAAAUCCGCAUCUCGGCAGGAAAAAUGUGGUGAGUAUCAGGAGCUGGGGAAGGGUUGCCAGAAGCCAGCACUGCCUUGAGCUGGGCACACUGAACCGGGAGUCCAGUUAUUUCACUUUAAACUCGCCUCGAAAAACCACUCGCAUCAGAAGUAGUACACAAAGCAUCUAUAUCUGAAGAAGUUAUUUGGUGUACAUAUAUGCACUUUCAGAAAGGCCUACCCUAGGUUUUAACCGUUUUGUAUAUAUUUUUCUAAGUGGUAAUCUGUACCAGGGUUGCCAGGUUUAGUGUUUUGUUGCCUUUUCUUCAGUGAAUGUGCGCUUCUUCACACCGAGUCUUAAAACACCAGCAUCCUUUUCAGUAUAGCUUGUGUGCCUCUGAGAUGACUUGUGAGGAUGCUUAGUUUAGCACAACUUGGCAGGGAGUGGACUGUGGCUGUAGACAAUCAGAUCCGUUCCAUACAUUCCUAAAUCCUGAACUUAAAGGGCCAGGUGGUCAUGUUGUUAUUUUUACAUACAUACCUAUGUUUAUGCAUGCACACACACACACUUUUAUGAAUCCGUUGCAUUAAGGAGAGGGGGCUACAGUCAACCAGUGGAUAGGAGUUAGGGAGUGGACCCAAUCUAGCCUAAUGGCGGCCCCUGUGGGUUCAUACCACUAAACUACUGAGAACAGCUCCCUCUCCCCCCUGUUCACCUGCCCCAUCCCCCCUCCCACAUACCUUAGCCAACAGAAGGGCUGCUCCACGUCCUGCGGGCCACAGUGUCUGUAGGCAUUUGCCUCAACCAUGCGCUACACCACCUGAUUUGACUUAAUUGGCUUAUCUAAACCAAGCAGGUAAAGUAAAGACUGAAAUCAGGUGGUGUAGCGCAUGGUAGGAGCAAACGCCUGCAGACACUGUGGCCCGGGGGACGUAGUCGAGUCACGCUGGCCGACAGAGUUUAGAGAUGGGAUGUUGGAAAGGUGCGUCAUACCAUGAGAAUGAAUGGCUUGCACAGUACCUCAGCAGCAGAUAACUCUACUAAUUCAACUGCCACUCUUUCAAGGGUUUUAAAUUUGUGUAAUUUUAAAUGGGCACCGUAAGCAUGAGAACAGGUGGAAAUUUCAUCCGGGAUGCAAGUCUUGGAUUUACAAGGAUUUCUCCUCGUUCCAAGAACCUGUAAUGCAACUGCAGAAAGACAGGCCUCAUUGUGAAGGAUUUUUCUUUCUUUCUUUUUUUAAACAAUCCAGGAUAUGUUUUGUUUAUUUGGAAAUACUAGCUCACACAGUUGUAUAAUUAACAUGAAAUAAUACAAUUGUUUAGCCUUUAAAAAAAAAAAAAAUCUAAUUUAUUUUGCUUCUUGUCCAUGUAUUCAUUGAAACUAGUUUCCCUGUUAGAAAAAGCUUACUUAAAACUAAGCUGUAAGUUUACAUUUAAAUAGGUGAGGUUAUAAGGUGAUAAGAUAAUUUACAGUCAAGAAAGACACAAUGGAGAACAUUCCAGCUAGUUAUCAGACUGUACAGUGUUUUAACAACAGACCUACUCGAGUGCUUCUUUAUAAAUGCCCAGUUUGGGUGUCUUUGUGUAAGUAGCUAUUUCUAGGGAUGGGAGAGUAAAGAUCUGUAAAGUUGUAUUUGUGUUGUUAUUGAGAAUUUUGUCCUGAUAUCAAAUUGCACUGCUUUGAUUUGAUCAAUUCCAGCAUCCCAGCAGGGUUCUUGUGUAACAACCUGACAGGUGAUCCCAGCACAUGGAUUUGUACAUUUGAGCUUUUUCCUGCAGGUGAGUGUUUGUGCACUCGGAUAAUGGUUGUACAGCAAAACUACCCUUUUUUUUUAGAUCAUGGAUAAUCUGCCCCUUUGCCGUCCUGUGGAAUGUAUGUGAAUUGUCUGUACAGAAUUGUACUGCAAUAAAUGUUGUCUUGAUUUAAAA